UCACGUCUGGUCUGAUAUCUGUCGUAGCUAGCAGUUCUCGGCAGUUCAUCUCCGUCUGCCUGCCGCUGCUGCAGGUGAGGCCUAUGCGGGAAGAUGGCGACGGACAAACAGAAACAUGAAGGCAGGGUGAAAAUUGGACACUACAUUCUCGGGGACACGCUUGGGGUGGGAACGUUUGGAAAAGUUAAAGUGGGCCAGCAUGAGCUGACCAUGCACCAAGUGGCUGUGAAGAUCCUGAACCGGCAGAAGAUUCGCAGUUUGGACGUUGUGGGGAAGAUCCGCCGGGAGAUCCAGAACCUCAAGCUCUUCCGCCACCCUCACAUAAUUAAACUGUACCAAGUCAUUAGCACACCCACGGACAUCUUCAUGGUGAUGGAGUACGUAUCAGGAGGAGAACUCUUUGACUACAUCUGUAAAAACGGCAAGUUGGAGGAGAAGGAGAGCAGACGGCUGUUCCAGCAGAUCAUCUCCGCCGUGGACUACUGCCACAGGCACAUGGUGGUGCACAGGGACCUCAAGCCCGAGAACGUCCUGCUGGACGCUAACAUGAACGCCAAGAUCGCAGACUUCGGUUUAUCAAAUAUGAUGUCUGACGGGGAGUUUCUGAGAACGAGUUGUGGAUCUCCAAACUACGCUGCUCCUGAAGUCAUAUCUGGAAGGUUGUAUGCGGGGCCCGAGGUGGACAUCUGGAGCAGCGGCGUGAUCCUGUACGCGCUGCUGUGUGGCACGCUGCCCUUCGACGACGACCACGUGCCCACGCUCUUCAAGAAGAUCUGCGACGGCAUCUUCUUCACGCCGCAGUACCUCAACCCUCAAGUCAUCAGCCUGCUCAAGCACAUGCUGCAGGUGGACCCCAUGAAGAGAGCCACAAUCAAGGAGAUCCGGGAGGACGAGUGGUUCAAACAGGAGCUGCCCAAGUACCUGUUCCCUGAGGACGCAUCCUACAGCAACACCAUGAUUGACGAGGAGGCCCUGCGGGAGGUGUGUGAUAAAUUUGAAUGCACAGAGGAGGAGGUGCUGACGUGUCUCUACAGUCGGAAUCAUCAGGACCCCUUGGCGGUGGCCUACCACCUGAUCAUCGACAACCGGCGCAUCAUGAGUGAGGCCAAAGACUUCUACCUGGCCUCCAGCCCACCGGACUCCUUCCUGGACGACCUGCCCGCGCACCACUUCGCCAAGCCGCACCCUGAGCGCAUGGCCUCCUCGGUGGCCGAGAGCCAGCUGCGGCCCCGACACACCCUGGACGAGCUCAACCCGCAGAAGUCCAAGCACCUGGGCGUGCGGCGUGCCAAGUGGCACCUGGGCAUCCGCAGCCAGAGCCGGCCCAACGACAUCAUGAGCGAGGUGUGCCGUGCCAUGAAGCAGCUGGACUAUGAGUGGAAGGUAGUAAAUCCGUAUUAUCUGCGUGUGCGGAGGAAGAAUCCCGUCACGGGCACCACCACUAAGAUGAGCUUGCAGCUCUACCAGGUGGACAGCAGAACGUACCUGCUGGACUUCAGGAGCAUAGAUGACGAUGUGACUGAGGCCAAAUCUGGGACCGCCACCCCUCACCGCUCUGGCUCGGUGGGGAACUACAGAAUGGCCCUGAAGAACGACAGGACUGAGAAGGGCGAGGGGGACGGCGAGGCCUCGGCGCCCUCCACGCCCCCGGUGGCCCAUGGCCGGGACGGCUCGCUGGCCUCCUCGCUCACGUCCUCCGUGGACUCGACCGUGGGCGAGGUGUUGUACCCGCGGCCCGGCAGCCACACCAUCGAGUUCUUCGAGAUGUGCGCCAACCUCAUCAAGCUGCUCGCGCGAUAGCUCUCAGUGCUCACUCCGCCUUCUGCGCUCUCUAUUCUCCUCUCUCUCUCUCUCUCUCUCUC